AUGGUUCGGUGCAAGCCCUCACUGGAGCUCAUCGCCGACCGCAAACGCCGCAACGCCACCUUCACGAAGAGGAAGGCGGGGUUGAAGAAGAAGGCGGCGGAGCUGGCCACGCUCUGCGACGUGCCCACCCUCGUCCUCUGCUGUGGCCCGGAGGGCCAGCUCGAGGUCUGGCCGGAGGACCGCCGGCAGGCCCUCGACGUCAUCGCCCGCUAUCGCAGCGUGGCCACUGAGGACCGCCGCAAGCGCAACUACGACAUCUCCUCCUUCCUCGGCGACAGGGUGAUGAAGGAGACGGCGACCGCAGAGCAGGAAGGGAAGAACAGGGAGCUCCCCUCGCCGUGGAAUUUUUUGGAGCAGGUGAGGGGGCUGCCCUUGCCGGAGAUGGAGAAGCGGCUCGACGGGAUGCUAAAGAAGAUCGAGGAUAGGAUGGCCCGGCUCCGAAGUAAUCUCCAGCCGGACUGCGGCGAGAUCGACGGCCGCUGCCUCCCGAAGGAUGAAACCUCGGAGAACAUUGGCGGAAGCCUCGUCGCCGGCCAGACUUCUCGUCUUCUCCGAGACUUGGAGCUGAACACUCUGCAGGACUACUUCAUUCAGGGCGGAGCGGCGGCGACGUACUCCGCCGUUGGCUUCCCUGCCGCUUAUCUGUGCGCACCCAUCGCCGGCAACUCCUACCUGGACGGCGGCACUGCCAUCGGGUUUCCCUCACAGGCCUCGCCGGAUACGGCGCUGAUGGCUGCCCCCUGGUCGCCGGGUGGCGGAUGGGGGGAGCAUCCGGGCGCCGUCGUCCACGGCGGGGAGACUCACCGCCGGGGAGAAAUCUACGAGGACAUGCAGAAGGAGUUCCUCGGGGGAGGCGUCGAGAUCGGCGGCGGCGAUUUCUUCCCUGAGUUUCCCUCCCCCGUCCCCCUCGCCGUCGACAGCCGCCGACUGUUCUUCGGCCAUAGCUGCUGA